UAGCAUCAGCAGCAUGAAUUUGUACUGUCAUUCGGUUCUUUCACUUGUCAACAUGUCAAAAUUAUUUGUAUAUUUGUUUCUCCCAAUCACAUAAUUGGAUUACAGUUUAUCUGUGCAGUUGCUAGCAACUGGGCAGAAAAUGAGUGUCCAUAUAAACUCACACGUAAAUAACCACAAUCUCAGUGCCGUCAUCAGUCAUCAAUCGGUCAAUCAAUCAACCAAACAGUUCUCAAUCAAUCAACCAUCAUUAAGUCGGCAACAACAUGGCCAAUAAGGACUUACCAGCUCAGCGCAUAAAAAUGCGACGAACUUUCCAGCAGUUCGACCAACGUGGAGAUGGCAAAAUUGGACUUUCGCAAUUGGGGGACUGCCUACGCAUUCUGGGUGCCAAUCCCAGUGAGAAGAGCAUACGUCAGCACACCCGACAAUUGCGUGAUAACCAAAUCGAACGCAUUUCCUUUGACGAGGUCAUGUCGAUCUAUGAGAGCAUCAUGGAACUGGCUGCAGUUCAUCAGGCUGGACCAGGCUCAGUGGCCGAUCAGCUAAUAUUCGGCCUUCGAUUGUUCGAUGAGCAGAAUACUGGCUAUAUAAAAGCGGCCUGGCUUGCACGUAUCUUGACCAGUUGUGGCGAGCGUCUUACCCAGGAUGAGAUGAACGAACUCUUGGCUGAUCGGGUGAACGAUCAGGGAUUGGUGAACUAUGUCGAGCUUGUACAUGCCAUUACAACACCCAAUGCCGACAGUAUUAACACAUCUUACACAAAGCAAUAGACAGGUUAUAUAUAUAUAUAUUAAAAAAAAAACGGAUUGUAGAA